AUUCUAUCCAAAAUGGACGCCUUAAGACUGGGAGAUCUGGUAUUUCCAGGAAUGGUGUCGAUAUUGGCCUCGUAUCAGAUUGUCACAUUUGCUCAGAGAGUGAGUAACGUACGGAACAAGGUAAAACUUCCCUUUCCCCAGACAACGGGUAACGUGGCUUUUGAAAGAGCAUUCAGAGCACAUCAGAAUUCAUUAGAAUUUAUUCCUGUAGUUAUGCCAAGUCUAUGGGUGUCUUCCAUAUUUUUCCAUCCAAUUCCGUCUUCCAUGGUUGGUUUAGUUUAUCUUUAUUCACGACAGAAAUAUUUUAAUGGUUAUAGUAGAAGUGUUGAAGAACGAUUACCGGGCUUCAAGUUGGGUAUCAAGUGUAUAAUACUACUAUAUGGAAUGAGUUUGCUGGGAAUGACCACUACCUUACUCCGAACAUACACAAACAUUGAUUUAUCUCAGCUAGCUUUAGAAUAUAUUCAGAAAUAUCUUCCGUCCUUAAAGUGAUUGAAUACUGGAAUAACCAACAAACCCGGAGACUUUACAUUUUAUACGAAACCGGUUUUGGAAUUCAGAAAUAUCUGCCGUUACUGAAAUAACUAUGUGACAGUGAUAUUUAAAGAAUAUCACGUGGAUACUAUAUAGAAAACAAUUACUAGCUUUAUUAUAGGUGACGUUUCAACUAGGUUUCCUCAGUCCGUCAGGCAGUGUCAUUUAAAGAAUAUCACGUGGAUACUAUAUAAAAAACAAUUACUAGAUUUAUUACAG